AUGGGAACAACUUGCUUACUGGAUUUUCUAAUUUUGAUGAAUGCAUCAAGGAACAUGAAAACCUGGAAGUCAUCUGCUGGAUAUUCAAGAAUGUGGCUCGAAAUCCAGGCUUUGAUCUUCUCUUACUUUGCUACUGUGGGUUGCAUAAAGGAGCAAUUUGUCUCCAGAAGUAAUUUUCUGCUAAAAGACUAUCCCGGUGAAGAUGGCCAUUCUUCUGCAAGAGGGAUACCUAAAAGGACAGUAUUUAAGGGAGGUUACUGUAGAUUACGAGGCUGCUGCCCGGGCAGGGAUGAUGGCUGCCACUUUCAAUAUGAUGCCAGAAAUGCCACAUGUUAUUGUGAUGCCUUCUGCAGUUCGGGUUCUCCUGCUUCUGUAGACUGCUGCCCUGAUUUCUGGGUGACCUGCUACGGACGUCCUGCCAGGCAACCAGCACAUAUAAGAACACGCCCAUUACACCAAGGGGAUUGUUCUAAAGGUGGUCGGCGUUAUGGAGAAGGGGCAACCUAUAAAGACAACUGCAACUCCUGCAAAUGCACAAACAGCCAUUGGAUAUGUUCAGAUGAAACAUGCCUCGUGAGGCCAAACUUAAUUAAGCAGAUCAACAGUGGGAGCUAUGGAUGGAAAGCAAGUAACUACAGCCAGUUUUGGGGAAUGAGCCUGCAGGAAGGUUUCAGUUAUCGUCUUGGCACGUUUCCCCCGUCUCCUGCCCUACUGGAGAUGGCACCGAUUGCAGGAAACUUGAUGACAGAAACGGAUUUCCCUGCACAUUUUGUGGCCUGGCACGAAUGGCCAGGGUGGAUUCAUGACCCUCUAGACCAAAGGAACUGUGCUGCAGGCUGGGCUUUUUCAACUGCAAGUGUUGCUGCAGAUCGAAUGGCAAUUCAUUCCAAAGGCCGUUUCACAGACAACCUCUCCCCUCAAAAUUUGAUCUCUUGUGACACCAGGAAUCAAUAUGGAUGUAAAGGAGGCAGCCUGAAUGGUGCUUGGUCUUACAUAAAAAAAUAUGGGCUGGUGUCUCAUGCAUGCUACCCAUUGUUCUGGAAUCACCAUCCCCACAAUACUUGUGCCAUUUCAAGUAUAAUUGAUACAGAUGGAAAAAGACAUGCCACACAGCCAUGUCCAAACAAUGUGGAACCAUCCAAUCGCCUUUAUCAAUGUAGUUCUCCUUACAGGAUCUCCUCAAGGGAGACUGACAUAAUGGAAGAAAUUAAAGAAAAUGGACCAGUGCAAGCUGUCAUGCAAGUACAUCAUGAUUUCUUCCUUUACAAAAGUGGGAUUUAUAAAUGCAGGAUCAAUGCAGAAGGCCCACCGCAGCAUGGUCAUCAGAGUGAAACUCAUUCUGUCAAAGUUGUGGGGUGGGGUGAACUGCAAGAUGCAGAAGAACAAAGCCAGAAAUAUUGGAUUGUUGCAAAUUCCUGGGGAAAGACCUGGGGAGAAAAUGGCUACUUCCGGAUUUUACGUGGACAAAAUGAAUGUGAUAUUGAAAAACUGAUUAUAGGUAUCAAGUGUCACCUUUAG